GUGGGGCUUGGUUAGAGCGACGGCUGCUGGAGGAAAGGAGGGAGUGGCUCAGCCGGUGAUCAGACAGCUGGACAGAAUCAGGUAAUUAGUCAGCUAUAUAAGCAUGUUUGUAACCUGGUUCUGAUCUCUUGCAGUAGGCUGGGUCCUGACGCGGACACACAGAGAGAGAGAGAGAGAGACGGAGAGACACAGAGACACAGAGAGUGAGGGCAGCGCAGCGCAGCAGAGCGCUGACAUCACAGCCAGCCACAGCUGACUGCUUUUGUUUUGUUUGGUUAAUUGUUUUCAGUUCACAAUAAACUGGUAUAUUUGCUCCCUCAACGCCGCCUCCUCGUCCUUCCCGAACCCCAGUGAGUGGGAAAAGCUCACAGUGGAGCCUGAACAGGGACACAUGGAAGGACAAUCUCCGCUGUCGCUGGCCCUUCAGCACCUCGCUGCGAUGCAGGAGAGCACCACCACGCUGCAGCAGCAGCAGUCCCAGCUCCUCGCGGACAUUGCGGCGUCACAGCGGGACGAUCGUGCUCUCCUGCGGGAGCUGCUGCAACGCCCGGCUGCCCACGGCGCCGACCCGGAGCCCGGUCGAGGACGGUCUCCGGCCGUCGCCCUGCAGCGGAUGACCGCGGAAGAUGACCCGGAGGCAUACCUGGACAUCUUCGAGGGCACGGCGGAGGCGUGUGGGUGGCCGGAGGAGGAGAGAGCGCUUCGGCUUCUUCCCCUGCUCACCGGCGUGGCGCAGCUGGCCGCGCACAGCCUGCCGGCGGCCGCGCGCCACGACUACACACAGCUGAGGAGAGUCAUCCUGGACCGGCUGGGCAGUACGUCGGAGGGACACCGGCGGCGGUUCAGGGGGCUCUCCUUUGAAGGAGCCGGGCGCCCCUUUUCAUACGCGCAGCAGCUCCUGGACGCAGCGAGGCGCUGGCUCCAGCCGGGGACCCACUCCGCUGAGGACGUCGUUGGACAGGUGGCGCUGGAGCAGUUCAUCGCUGGGUUACCAUCGUCCACAGCCAAUUGGGUCCAGUGCCACCGCCCGGCCAACAUCGAGGCAGCGAUCGUCCUCGCGGAGGACCAUCUCUCUCUUCCCCGGCGGAGCAUGAGGGAGGAGACCAGGCCAGCGACGAUCCCUGCCAGCCGUCCCACUCCAGCCCCGAGGAGGAGGUUCCCAGCAUCGGCUCCUGCACCACACCCACACACACACACACACACACAGCCGGAGCAUGCAUCGCUCCGGUCGUCUAAUUACCCUCUGCCGUCUUUCCCUCAGGGCCCAGCCUACGUGUCUGAUCACCUGGCACCCCGGGGGGCUCCUCAGACGCCAGGGCAGGUGUGCUGGCGGUGUGGGCAGCCCGGCCACAUCAGAGCGGAGUGCCCGCUCAUGGAAGUGGGGCAAGUGGUUAGGGUUGCCGGGCCGCCGGCCCCCUCCCCCGGUUCGGAAGGGACGUACCGUAUACCGACCGACGCCUCGAACAGCGGGCUGGGGGCCGUUUUGUCCCAGGAGGUGGAGGGGGUCGACCGCCCCGUACUGUACGUUAGCCGGAAGCUAGCUCAGCGGGAGGUGAGCUACAGUACGGUGGAGAAAGAGUGCCUCGCCAUACGGUGGGCGGUCGGUGCCCUCCGCUACUAUCUCCUGGGGCGCCCAUUCACCCUCUGGUCGGACCAUGCCCCGCUCCAAUGGCUCCACCGCAUGAAAGAUGCCAACGCGCGGAUCACUCGCUGGUAUCUGGCUUUGCAGCCUUUCCGGUUCAAGGUGAUCCAUAGGCCGGGGAACCGCAUGGCCGUGGCCGACUUUCUCUCCCGCUCUGCGGAGGGGGGGGGGAGUGGGCUUGCGGCCGGCGGGGUCCCGGCCUAAGUCGGGCGGUGGGGGUAUGUGGCAGUGGGGCUUGGUUAGAGCGACGGCUGCUGGAGGAAAGGAGGGAGUGGCUCAGCCGGUGAUCAGACAGCUGGACAGAAUCAGGUAAUUAGUCAGCUAUAUAAGCAUGUUUGUAACCUGGUUCUGAUCUCUUGCAGUAGGCUGGGUCCUGACGCGGACACACAGAGAGAGAGAGAGAGAGAGAGAGAGAGACGGAGAGACACAGAGACACAGAGAGUGAGGGCAGCGCAGCGCAGCAGAGCGCUGACAUCACAGCCAGCCACAGCUGACUGCUUUUGUUUUGUUUGGUUAAUUGUUUUCAGUUCACAAUAAACUGGUAUAUUUGCUCCCUCAACGCCGCCUCCUCGUCCUUCCCGAACCCCAGUG